GCUACGGAGAAUCGGCAAAAAAAUUAACAGAAUUUUCCGUCCUUUUUGGCACAGUGUUGUAAGUCCAGGAAGAGUUCAGUGCGGAUGCAUGCUAGAGGUUCCGAGCCGAAUCGAACAAUCGUUUGAACUGCCCUCCUUCCAACUCGCCAGAGCUAGUAAAAUCGGCCAGUCUUUUUGGUGGAAACAAGCUUUACUCGCCCUUCUGGUCUCACUGACGGCGUUUUCGAGUCCCUUGCCCUCUGUCUCACGCAGCUUGAAGGAUGGAGUCCUGUGCGACUUGUUCUACACCUUAAGCUUGAAAGAUGGCAGGUGUGACGGCUUCGAAAAGAUUCCGGUCCCCUGUGACGGAUGGUGCCGUUCGUACAUUCAAUGUUCAAAUGGACUUCCAUCCCUGAGGGGCAUCCAGUGUCCGUGGUACAAGCCAGUUUUCCAUCCCACAAAGAAGAAAUGCGUCCUCUUUGUGAAAACGUGCCAUUGGUGGGAGGAUCCUGUUCCAACAACGACGAAGCGUUCAACCACGUCACGCAGGCCGACAACGCAGUUGUCCACAACCCCCAGCAGCCGGACCACGCAGCUGCCCACGGGUGCGAGCAGCCCCAACACGGACUCGCCCGCGCCUACAAGCAGCCCAGCGACGAAUCCACCUCCGCCUACGAGCAGUUCAGAGACCGCAACCCCUGCAACCAGCGGCGCAACGACGCCUGCGACCAUCCCGGAAACAGACCCUACGACACCUGAGACCAGCCCGAAAACAAACCCUUCGACACCUGCAACCAGCCCGGAAACAGAGUCUACGACGGCAGGGACCAGCCCUGAAACUGAUGCUACAACGCCUACCGCCACCCCGGAAACGGAUCCUACAACAACUGAAACCAGUUCGGAAACAGUCUCUACGACGACUGCAACCAGCCCUGAAACAGACCCUACAAUGCCAGGGACCAGUCCAGAAACUGACGGUACAACGCCUUCCACCCGUUUGGAAACAGACCCUACAACGCCUGAAACCAGCUCGGAAACAGAUUCUACGACGCCUUUAACCAGCCCUGGAACAAACCCUAAAACGCCAACGACCAGUCCAGAAACUGACGCUUCAACCACUCCGGAAACAGGCCCUACAACGCCUGAAACCAGCCCGAAAACUGGACCUACAAUGCCUGGAACCAGCCCUGAAACAAACCCUACAACGCCAGGGACCAGUCCCGAAACUGACUCUACAACGCCUGGUACCAGCCCGGAAAUAGACCCUUCAUCAUCGUCGACAAGCACGGGAACAGACUCCACGACGCCCACCACUAGCCUGGAAACAGACUCGACGAGCCCGGGAACAGGAUCCACCACAGGCAGCACGGAUACGGUUUCACCUUCGAUUGGAAGCACUCCAACGACAGGUCCGCCUACUUCUAGUCCGUCGCUCACCACUUCUAACGGCUUCGAGACUCAGCCUCCCACUACGUCGAGUCUCCCUCCAUUGACUGGACCCACGAUUGUUCCCACUACAACAACGCAUGCGCACAGUACUCCGAGCACAAGCGGAACUCCCACCACCCUGCUGACCACAUCACAGGGCUCGUCCACGCAGUCGUAUUCCACUUCAACUAGAAUCGGUACUACGCAGGCACGCACCACCGCCUCGGGCACAACGCCGCACGCUCCUGUUACGCAACAAAAUAGCGCAGCACGUCAAAUUGUGCUUGGGGACUUAUCUAUAACAAAUUUGAAAAUUAACGGAAGUCUUUUGAGCUUUGGCAAAAGGAAGUAGAUUGUCAACAGCUCCUUUCUUCCUUGCAUGGGAUUAUUUGAUAAAAAGACUUUGAUUUUAGCCUUUCCCGGUAGUCCUUUUUAUGAUUUUUGAAGUACUCUUUGAAGGCUGCUUUUACUCUGUGUUUCAAACGAGGACCAUGCCUCCUAAUUUCUGGUUUUCUAAUUUUUGUUUCUUUGGUCGGUAAUAUUCCUCAUUAAAGUCAUCUUCGCUAGA